AUGGAGAGCUUGUGCAGCAAGGCUGACGCAAUGACCGAGGAAGUGUGGGGUGCUGUCUUGAAAACCAAGCAAGCAUAUGCAGCUUCGUCCGCCAAAGCCGCUGCAAGUGAAGAGACCGACUGCGACCAGGAUGGAGACACGCUUCAAUCUGAAGCCGGCAGAGGCAAGCACCGAGUACAACGAGGUUCUGGCGCAGACAACUGCCUGGAGGAGCCCUUGCAGAUCUGGUCAGUAGCGUACCUCGGUGGUACACUCGAACGCUGUAAGCAGCGGUGUGCCGGUGACUUCCACCAGGUGCGUGCCGUGCGAGACACAGCGCCCAACAAGCUGUGUUCUGUCCACGCGGAUCAGGCUCGAUCUCAUGGGCAUGUGCAUGACCAAGAGUUGCGAGUGUUGGCGGCGAGGGGCCUUCCAGGUCGCUUAUGGUUCUCUCAAGCCCUUGUGUUCGACGAGGCAUAUGAUUUCCUUCAAGACUUAGCAUUGUUAGAUGCGCCAGGAGCAAGGAAGUCUCAUGCCGAGACACAGGGGCAGACACCAGCUGCCGGCUGGGCCAAUAGACUUAUGCAGACGGGCCAGAGCACCUUCGAAACGAAGACCAUGGCUGUUCAUGGCGGAAAGGGUGCCCCUGCCGUCAGCACAUCCGUCGUAGGCAACAUUCACAGUGCGGUUGCUGUCGAGAUGGCCCGCGGCAUCCGUGGAGACCACGGAUGCGCGACAAGAAUGAGAAUGUUCUUAGUCUCUGGCGAACCUGUCCAGCCACACGCUCGCGUUGCGGGCUGCUGCGCGGCAUCCAAGCAGAAGUGGUGCUUGCUUCCCCGCUUGGUGCAGACAGCUUUAGGCCUGGAACAGCACCUGACUUCUCCACAAGCAGCACAGGUCUACUUCCAGGACGAGCUCAUGGAGUCACAGGAUGCGCCGUCGGACGUGCUCUACUUUCCUGACGAGCGCGGGUGGCAGUACACGCUCCCAGACGGCGUCGAGACUGCCAUUCGCCUGACUCGGCGAGAUCAUGGCUGGGAUGCGCAGUGGUGCCUCGGAGAUCGCGACUUUGAUAUUCCUGCCGAGCUCAGCGUUUACGACGCAGCAGAUCGGUUCGUGCGUCACUUCCGACAGAGCCAUCGACCCAUCGGUUUCCACGAUGACGCUGCCCAGGAGCUUUUUCUGUCCUACGCCACUUUCUACCAGAUCCAAGUGGUGGCUGCUCGUCAGAAUAAGGACAUCGCAGCUGCGGCCGCCAAGGGGACCAGUCCCUGGAAGCUGGCGCAACUCUCCGCUUGCAUAUGCCUCUGGGAUCUUCUGUGGUUGCCCGCCAGCACCAGCUCCACCAGCGUGCCGAUGGACCUGUCAGUCACCAGAGACCAUGUCCAGCGUGCCUUCACCUGCCUGGAAAUGCUUGAAGGUUUCGGCAACGUCCUUGCAGGGCUAGAAGCAGACAAAACAUGGAUGCAGGCCCCCGCGGAGUUGUACACGGACAACAGCGACGAGCUCCUCCUGCAGGGCAAGCUUCAAGACACGUACGGUGGCACGGAAGAUGAGACUCUGCGCAAGGAUGUCAACUUCGAUCCGGCCGUGCCGCAGAAGACGGGACUCAAGGAAACGCGAGAGAGCGAUUACGGGGCAGUGGAAGGGGAAACCCCUAGGCCCCCGACUGCAGAGGCUGGUGCUGGAUCGGCACACAGGCCGACUUAUCUUGAUCCGAAAGAGGUAAGAAAAGUCCACGCCGAACAGAUGAGAGCUCAUGUUCAAGAGCUCGCGGCAAGCAACGAUGAUGCGCAGGCCGUUCGCGAUGUUGCCGAUGAUGGUCUCGCUAAUCUGCUCGAUCCGCACAUCACUACCGAUAACGUUCGGCCCGCUCCAUUCUUCCCAUCAGGCGAUAUGACAUAUGGUGCG